AUGGAUCAUUUAAUCAAUAAAAUUAUAGAAAAGGAAGGGUUCAUCCAAUACAAAAUUGAUAAGAAAUGCAUAUCAACAAACGGAGGGAACUACCUCGGAGAACUCUCCGAGAUCGAUGUUCAAGGAAAAACGAAAGAUGGCGACAAAGUUCUAAACAUCUUCGUGAAAAAAAUGAACACAGGCGACGAAAUGAAAAUUAUUUCAAUACCAAAUGCUUAUAUGACAGAAUUGUUCUUCUAUAAAGAACUUUCGAAGAUUUUUCAUGAACUGCAAGAAGAGGCUCGCGUACCCUUAAACAAGAAGUACUGGACUGUCAAAAGCUACGAUGAAAGUGAAAAAGAUUUGAUAUUAAUGGAUAAUUUAUCAAGAAAAGGUUUUAUAACACCAGAUAGGAUGGAUGUCGUCUCUUUACAGUUCGCUGAAAAGGCAAUCCAGGAGCUGGCUAAAUUCCAUGCGUUUUCAUUUAUUUUGAAAGAGAAGCGUCCAGAAUAUUUCGAAAAACGAAUUCGGACCAUGAAAUCUCCUUUCAAACCUGGCAAAGAUUGGGAUGGAUUUGUCCAAAAUAUUCUUAAAACAACGAUAAAAUUUGUCGAUGAAAAUUUGAAGGAAAGAGUAGAAAAUUAUUCCGUAAAUAUUGAAAAAAAGUAUCUAAACUAUUAUGAAGAUAAGAAAACUCAACGAUGUUUGGUUCAUGGCAUAGUUAACCGAGGCGACUCAUUCCGCCGGCGUCGCUCGCGGUCCGGGAGUCUGGCUCCGUCGUCGCCGGCCCAGUCAGCGCCUGAGUCACAGGAGCGGCGGCCGGUGGCGUGCCAUCGCGUUGCUAUGGUCGGCGCGCCAGGCGUUGGCAAGACUGCCUUAAUCAGCCAGUUUCAGACCAGCGAGUGUAUUAAUGCGUAUGAUAGGCAAAGAGGUAAGGAUGCGGACGGAUCAGAGCAGAAGGUUUCAAUAAUGCUUAAUGGAGAAGAAUCAGAAUUUCAUUUCCUAACUGGCUCCCCUGAGAAGAAGGAGGAGAUUGAGCGCGCCGAGCCUCCUGACGCGUUCGUGGUCAUCUACUCGGUGGUGGACAAAGCCUCCUUCCAGAAGUCGGAGCAGGAGCUGGCGCGGCUGCUGGACUGCGACAUGCUGAGGGCGCGCCCGGCGCUGCUCGUGGGGAACAAGAUCGACCUGGCCAGGAGUCGAGCUGUCUCCACACAAGACGGAAAAUGCCUCGCUUGUACCUACAAAGCGAAGUUCAUAGAAGUAUCAGUCGGGAUCAACCACAACGUCGACGAACUCCUAGUGGGGAUCCUGACUCAGAUCAGGCUAAAACGGCAGCAGUACUCCGCGGAAGGCGGCCGGGAAUCUUCCCCAGCCCACUGGUACAAAUCGCGAGGAGUAGUCCGAGCUAGUAUGAAAGCAAGACAGAUGUUCACCUGGAUUUUCGGAAAAGAAGACUCCAAGUUCAAAAACUGUGAGAAUUUGAACGUCCUGUGAGUGGAGAAUGACGGACCAGUGUUCGUCUAAUGACAUUGUACUUCUGAGUGCCAUGGACAGUGACAGUAUUGUGUGAGGUUAAGUAUUAGAUACGUAUUGUUUGUUUAUAAAUGUUAAAAUGAUGCUGCUGGUUGUGUUGGCUGGUGGAACAUAAAUAUUACCUGAAAAUGAGAAAGGGUGCAAUCGUGGAAGCGAGAGGUUGGAUGUUCCUUGUUUCGUCUAGUUUCCACAAUUGCAAUUACCUUAGACUCUGUUUAUGAGGUGGUGGUAGAUACCCUGGUUCGCUUUUGUUUAAAUAUUUCAAAGAAUAAUUUUUUUUUGGUUGCAUCAAAAACCAGUGAGAAACAUUAAAUUUUCAUGAAAAUAUACUAACGAAUUCCUUAUGUACACUGACCUACAUAGCGAAUGCCUCAUAUUCAAAGCCAUUUCGUCACACCAGAUGACAUAACCAGCAGUGUUGCCAACAAAAAAAAUAUAAUGCCAAAUGUAAAUUGGUAUACUAGUCGUUAUGUGCCAAUUUUGAGAGAAUUUAAUAAAAAUAGUUUAUUAAGUACGUUGUAAGCUAAAUAACACAUAAGUGAGACAUACAGUAUUUUCCAAAAUACUUAUAAAUAUAUCAUUAAAUUGACGUAUCAGCAAUAUUUAUAUAGUAAGUUGUGACGUAGGUACUGCUAAUGUUAUUGGACCAUUACAUACUUACAUUUAAAUAUAACGAAAAUAUUACAUGUAAUUUUAUAGGUUAUGAUAUAGUACCUAAAGAUACACCAAUAUAUACUUAUCAGUAUAAUUAAUCUAUGUAACUAUUAUUAUUAAUUGUUGGAUACGUAUUCCGUAAGUGGCCUGUCCCUUUAGCCAAGUGGCAUCUACAGUAAAAAAGAAAUGGUAAUGACAUUUAGUUUCGAUUAAUAACGUGACUUAGAACUGUCAUUUCCA